UGAACUAAAAUUGCGUUAUAAUAAAUUAAAAAUUAGUUUUAACUUGCUUCAAUUAAUUACAUAAUAAACAUUUUUGUUAGAAACAAAAUCUAUUAUGUCUAAAAUAAUUUUCGUAAUUGUUUUUGCAAUAUUAAUACAUAUGUAUUUUACAUUUGAUAUUAGUGAUGAGCCUUUGACGCAUAAUCGAUUUGGAGAUAUAAGUAAGGCACGUGGUAUAUGGCGUAAUAUAUAUGGUGAUGAAUACGAUGUUUUAAAGAAUAAACACCUUGGGACAACAGAAGAAAUAGCUUGGAAUAUUAUGUGCCAACAUAUUAAUCAAAUUAAUUAUUAUAGAUCAUUGCAUGGCGUACCUGACUUGAAAAUGCACAUAGAGUUAAAUGAGGUAGCUCAAAUUUUAGCGAACCACAUCGUAAAAACUAAAUAUUAUGAACAUGGUCCAACUCAAUUUAUGUAUGGUGAAAAUAUAUGUUUACAACAACUUUCAUUUGAUGCAGGAAAAAGAUCUGCUGACUUAUAUUAUGACGAAUUUUUUAAAUUAGAUAAAUAUGGGAAUCCUUAUAAUUUUAAUGGUACAGAAUUCGAAAAGUCUCAGGCAGGGAAUUCUUGUAUACGUGGCCAUGCUAUAUCAAUAGUUUGGAAAAAUGCUAGAGAGAUUGGAGUUGGUGUGGCAUAUGGAAAUAGUUUUUAUGAUAAUGAAGAAAAUUUUGAAAAAAGUUAUAUAAUUACUGCAGUAAUUAAUCCUGCUACAAAUGUAAUUGGCGAGUUUGUUGAUAACGUUGUACCCAGAGAAACGCCAUUCUACAGACUUAUAUUAUUAUAAAAUGUAUUCCGUUUCAUAUAUCUUAACUAAAUACCCUCAUUUAAUAUCAAAACUAAUCGAAAUAAUUAUUAAAUAUUCUCUUAAGAGAAUUUAGUAGUUAAUAAGUAAAUAUAAUUUGGAUUUUCUCGUUAUCAAUUGACAUUUUUAUAUUUUAUGUUGAUAUAUUAGUAUUACUUAAAAUGUUAAAUUUCAAUUAACUUAUGUACCUAUAAAUAAUAAAUUGAUU